AGCCGUAUUUGGAGAGUAUUAACGAACACGAACACGAACACGAAGAGAGAAGCAUGAGAAUAGCAAUGGCGGACAGCAGGAGGUUUCAAUUCAAAGUAUCACCAUGUCUUCUCCUCCUCCUUCUCCUUCUCACCAUUCAUACACGAUGCAGAGCUGAUGUUAUUACCCUAACUGAAGAUAUUUUCUCCGACAAGAUAAAGGAGAAGGAUACUGCUUGGUUCGUGAAAUUCUGUGUUCCAUGGUGUAAGCACUGUAAGAAUUUGGGAUCAUUGUGGGAAGACUUGGGGAAGGCCAUGGAAGGGGAAGAUGAGAUUGAAGUUAGACAAGUUGACUGCAGUACUAGUAAACCCGUUUGUUCCGAAGUUGAUAUUCAUUCAUAUCCAACAUUCAAGCUCUUCUACAAUGGUGAAGAAGUUGCAAAAUAUCAGGGGAAACGAGAUGUAGAAUCACUUAAAGCAUUUGUUUUGGAAGAAACAGAGAAAGCAGCAGCAAAAGCAGAAAAUGACAUUGACAGAGAAUUAUAGCUUAUAUUGGAUUUUACAGAAGCUGGUAUGGUAUGUUAUCAUCAGAAUCAAUGUGCAAAAUGUGGCAAGCCUAGAAUUCAGAAACCGAUCAUAUGAUUGAUCCCAGGGUUGUCAUCAGAAUCAAUGUGCAAAAUGUGGCAAGCGUAAAAUGUAGUGAUCAUGAAUAAUUUUUGAUAUUGAAUGUACAUUGGCGUUCAUCAGCCCAUAACUUUGAGAUUUCUGCUAGCUAUGCAGUCUUUAUUCUAUUAUACCACAGAGGAUGGGUCGAUAUGAAAAAGAAAACGCAUGUAACAUUAGAUUAAUUAACAUUGUACUGAAUAUUGCAGCGUCUGGCGUGCUGGAAAGUUAUUAUAUACGGGCUGAAUUUUCGUUUUCCA